AUGGUAGUUAAGUCCUUUCAUGCGCCUCUGUCGAUACCGAGUAUCGACUUAUGGCAACUUAUAUUCGAAAGGAAGGAUAGGCCCUUCGCAGAUGACAAAGAGAUAUACGUCGACCCUGAGACAGGGCGUACCUACACCUGGGCUCAAGUGAAAAAUACGGCAGUCGAAUUUGGAAAGGGGCUCAAAUCCCAAUGGGGUUUCAAGAAGGGCGACGCUCUCGGCUUCUUCUCGCCCAACAGCAUCGACUACGCGCCGGUAUUUUUCGGCGUGCUAUGGGCUGGCGGUGCGUGCUCGACUGCUAAUCCGAACUACACGACCAAAGAGUUAGCAUUUCAGAUGAAAGACUCUAAAGUGAAAGGAAUCGUAACGCAAGUACCUAUGCUACCUGCGGUACUUGAAGCCGCAAAGAUCAUCGGCCUACCAGAAGACCGCAUUAUUUUGCUCGGGGAUGCAAGAGAUCCUAAUGGCAAAUUUAAGCAUUUCACUGAGAUUCGUCACUCGAGUCUCCUGGGGAUACCUUCGCUUCGCCCAAGGCUCGACCCUAAGAAGGACGUUUCUUUCCUGGUAUACAGUUCCGGUACCACUGGGUUACCUAAGGGUGUUAUGCUUACACAUUAUAACAUCGUCGCCAAUCUGACGCAGAUCGCACAUGUCGAAAGGCUUAACGGGCUUUUUCACUCGGGCGGUCCUGACGGAAAGGGUGAUAGGCAAAUCGCAAUACUCCCAUUCUUCCAUAUAUACGGCCUCACUUGCAUUGCGCUGCAAGGAAUAUUUAUGGGAAUCCAGGCCGUCAUACUACCCAAGUUCGACCUCGACAAGUUUUGCAAGGCGAUCCAGGAUCACGGCGUAACGUACGCCUCGGUUCCCCCGCCGGUCAUUCUUGCGCUAGCCAAGCAUCCAUCCGUCUCGAAGUACGAUCUAUCUUCUUUAAAGUGGAUGAACUCGGGCGCCGCGCCCCUGGGCCGCGACCUCGUUGAGAUGGUGUGGCAGCGCCUGACCAUCCCCGUGAUGCAGGGGUACGGGCUCUCGGAGACGGCGCCCGUCCUGACCAAGGGAAACAUUGCCGACUGGGCGCGCUACAAUGGAUCUUGCGGCAAACUGCUCCCCAACAUCGAGGCUAAGAUCGUCGACAUCGAGACCGGCAAAGAGCGGGGACCGGGCGAGGGCGAAGGCGAGCUGUGGUUCCGCGGGCCUAAUGUGUUCCCCGGCUACCUCAACCGUCCCGAGCUGCAGGCGAACACUUUCAGUGAGGACGGCUUCUUCAAGACGGGCGAUAUCGGAUAUGUCGACGUCAAAGGCAACUUCUAUAUCACGGACCGGCUAAAGGAAUUGAUCAAGUAUAAGGGCUUCCAAGUCGCGCCCGCUGAACUCGAGGGCAUCCUGCUAGGCCACAACGAGAUCGCCGACGCGUGCGUGGUCCCCGCGCACGACCACGAGCGCGAGACCGAGGUCCCGCGGGCGUAUCUGGUGCUGCGCCCCGGCGUGCCGCGGACCGACGACAAGGCCGCCGAGAUCGUGGCCUGGGUCGAGGGUAAGGUGGCCCAGCACAAGCGUCUGCGGGGCGGCGUGCGGUUCGUCGACGAGGUGCCCAAGAACGCCAGCGGCAAGCUGCUGCGCAGAAUUUUGAAGGAGCAGGCUAGGAAGGAGGACGAGCGUGCCAAGGGGCCCAAGUUAUAA